ACACACACACACACACAAUCACCUUUCACGCCACAUCCCCACGUACUCCCUCUCACCCGACUCACCCCCUCUCGGGCACGUCCCUAGUCUGUCCCGUGUGGUGUCAAGAUUGAUGUCCCUCCCACCUUCCCUCUCGUCCUCAGCCCUCCCCUAACUGUCCCUUUCUCUCUAUCUCUCAUGCGCGCAGACACUAGCGCACAUGCACACACACCCGUUUAGUUCACGCUCGCAACCACACAUCCACUCUCACAAACAUACACCAUUCAUUUCACAUACACAUACCCGAUCUGUUUCUUUGACAGAAAAGCACUCACUCUAAGCGUCUUUCACAUCUUUGACCCAAACCCACUCCCUGUCUUUUACCCACAUUUUCCUUCUUUCACGCUCUCUCUCAUACACACACAUGCAAUCACCUUUCACGCCACAUCCCCACGUACUCCCUCUCACCCGACUCACCCCCUCUCCAGCACGUCCCUAGUCAGUCCCGUGUGCUGUCAAGAUUGAUCUCCCUGCCACCUUCCCUCUCGUCCUCAGCCCUCCCCUAACUGUCCCUUUCUCUCUGUCUCUCAUGCGCGCAGACACACACACGCGCGUUUAGUUCACGCUCGCAACCACACAUCCACUCUCACAAACAUACACCAUUCAUUUCACAUACACAUACCCGAUCUGUUUCUUUGACAGAAAAGCACUCACUCUAAGCGUAAUUCACAUCUACGACCCAAACCCACUCCCUGUCUUUUACCCACAUUUUCCUUCUUUCACGCUCUCUCUCUCUCUCUCUCAUACACACACGCUCACACACACAGUCACCUUUCACGCCACAUCCCCACGUGCUCCCUCUCACCCGACUCACCCCCUCUCGGGCACGUCCCUAUCUGUCCCGUGUGGUGUCAAGAUUGAUCUCCCUCCCACCUUCCCUCUCGUCCUCAGCCCUCCCCUAGCUGUCCCUUUCUCUCUCUGUCUCUCAUGCGUGCAGACACUAGCACACACAAAAGUCUCUCUGUCUCUCAUGCGCUUAGACACUAGCACACACACACACACACACACAAAAUCACACACACACACAGAGUCAAUCUUCCCGCGAGCAGUCUCCAUCCCUGGAUCCCUGUCUGGGAAAGUGUCAGCCGGAUGGAGAUGAGGACGGUGCUCCCUUUCUAGGCGCCAGCGUGUCCCCACUCCCCACGCUCCCGGGUGCCACCCGGCCCCUCCAGGACUGCUCGCCCGUGGACCGUCCUUCUCUCCCGCACUGCGUGAUGGCCACCCCGGGCUCCGGCUUCUGGUCCUUCGGGUCCGAGGACGGCUCCGGCGACCCUGGAGCCCCGGGCCCAGCUCGAGCGUGGUGUCAGGUGGCCCAGAAGUUCACGGGUGGGAUCGGAAACAAGCUGUGCGCCUUGCUGUACGGGGAUGCGGAGAAGCCAAUGGAUCCAGGCCCGAGGAUGCCCCCGGGCCCCGCCGACCGUAAGACCUCCUGUUCCUGCUCUCAGAAGCCCUGUGCCUGCCCCAAGCCGGACAUCAAUUACUCCUGUCUCCACUGCACAGAUCUCUUGCCAGCGUGUGACGGAGAAAUGGCUACUUUGUCGUUUCUGCAAGAUGUUAUGGACAUUUUGCUUCAGUACGUGGUGAAAAGUUUCGAUAGAUCCACCAAGGUGAUUGAUUUCCAUUACCCAAACGAGCUGCUUCAAGAAUAUAAUUGGGAAUUAGCAGAUCAACCGCAGUCGUUGGAGGACAUUUUGUUGAACUGCAGAACAACUCUAAAAUAUGCAAUUAAAACAGGGCAUCCCAGAUAUUUCAAUCAGCUUUCUACUGGAUUGGAUAUGGUUGGAUUAGCUGCAGACUGGCUGACAUCAACAGCAAAUACAAAUAUGUUCACCUACGAAAUUGCUCCCGUGUUUGUACUUUUGGAAUAUGUCACGCUAAGGAAAAUGAGAGACAUGAUUGGCUGGCCAGGGGGCUGUGGCGAUGGGAUAUUUUCACCUGGUGGUGCCAUAUCUAACAUGUAUGCUAUGUUGAUUGCACGUUUCAAGAUGUUCCCGGAAGUUAAAGAGAAAGGAAUGGCAGCUAUCCCCAGACUGGUUGCCUUCACGUCUGAGCACAGUCACUUUUCGGUGAAGAAAGGAGCUGCGGCCUUGGGAAUCGGAACAGACAGUGUGAUCCUGAUCAAAUGUGAUGAAAGAGGGAAAAUGAUCCCAUCUGAUCUUGAGAGGAGGAUCCUUGAAGCCAAACAAAAGGGAUUUGUGCCUUUUCUAGUGAGUGCCACGGCAGGAACCACCGUUUAUGGUGCAUUUGACCCCCUCCUGGCUGUGGCUGACAUCUGCAAAAAAUACAAGAUCUGGAUGCACGUGGAUGCAGCAUGGGGUGGAGGAUUGCUCAUGUCCAGGAAACAUAAAUGGAAAUUAAAUGGUGUGGAGAGGGCCAACUCUGUGACUUGGAACCCUCACAAAAUGAUGGGCGUCCCCUUGCAGUGUUCGGCUCUGCUCGUUAGAGAAGAGGGCUUGAUGCAGAGUUGCAAUCAGAUGCAUGCAUCUUACCUCUUUCAACAAGACAAGCAUUACGACCUGUCCUACGACACGGGAGACAAAGCUCUGCAGUGUGGGCGCCACGUCGAUGUUUUCAAACUAUGGCUAAUGUGGAGAGCAAAGGGAACUACGGGAUUUGAAGCCCAGAUUGAUAAAUGCCUGGAGUUGGCAGAGUAUCUAUACAAUAUAAUAAAAAACAGGGAAGGCUAUGAAAUGGUGUUUGAUGGAAAGCCUCAGCACACAAAUGUCUGCUUCUGGUAUAUACCUCCCAGUUUACGUAGCAUGGAGGACAAUGAAGAAAGGAUGACUCGCCUCUUAAAGGUGGCUCCCGUGAUCAAAGCCAGAAUGAUGGAAUAUGGAACGACAAUGGUCAGCUACCAGCCACUGGGAGAUAAAGUUAAUUUCUUUCGCAUGGUUAUCUCAAACCCAGCAGCAACACAUCAAGACAUUGAUUUCCUUAUUGAGGAAAUAGAACGUCUUGGACAAGAUUUAUAAUCAUCUGGUCCUCAAAGCUGUGCCAAUUCUCUAGCUAGACAAUUAAGUUGUCACAAACUGUGUGAAUGUAUUUGUAGUUUGUUCCCAAGUAAACCUAUUUCUAUAUUGUGAUGUCAAAGUAGAGUUCAGUCUAAAAAUCAAGAAACAUUGCUCCUUUUAAAAUCCUUUCUUCAGUUUUAAGAUACCUCUUUAAUAAUUAGUGAAACAAAAGGCUGCAUUUCAAUCGAGAGGGAAAAAUAGAAGAUAGUUACAAAUACUUCCCCAAAUAUGAAUAAAGUUAGCAAAUUAAGUAUUUAUUUUAGGUUCAACAUAGUUUGAUCGAGUGGUGCCAAUUUUGCUCCCAAGCAUCAUGAAAGAUACUUUGGAGGGCAAUGAAAAGGAUAAAAUGAACAUAAAAUGUAUGUUAAAAAAGGAAAACUCUUGCCUUUUUCAUAGUAUUAGAAAAGAAUUUCUAAUUUACCUAUAGCAACAUUUCAAAUGUAUUUAAAUGCAUAUAAUUUUACAAAAGGAAAUAUAUAUAUAGAGAAGAUCCUAUUUUGUAAAGUAUAGAUUUUUAUUUUAUAUGGGUUAUAACACUGCAGGGGCAGAAACAGAAAACUAAACCAGAUUUCUUUUCUUUCAAUGGAGGCACAUUGGAAUACUUAGUAAUGCUUAUUUUGAAACAUAAGCCUACAUAAAUUCUUAAAAGGUGUGACACCUCAUUUCUGCAUGUCUCAUGGAUUGUCACAUCUCUAGGGUUUAGUAUUUCAAAACCUCAAAAGAGUACUGCAGCUCUUAAAAACAAUUGAUAAGAUAAAUUUCAGUACAGUAGGGUACUCUUCCCAAUUAUAUUUUCCACACGGUCUACCCUAAGCAAACAUCUCCUUAGCUAGCCAAAGCUCAAUCUAAGAUUUUAUUAGGACGGCUUUCUCUGUUCUGCUUUCAAAUGUGGCCUGUUCUGGGAAGAAUGUAGGUGCUUUGUAUUCUAAAUAUCUUUCCAAACAGAAUUUAUUAAUUAGGCCAUUUGGAUUAAUUAGGGAAAAUGAAAUUGGAAGCCUAAUGGGACCUGAGCUUGUGAUGAGAAUAGGGGAGUGAAGCAUGUUCAACCAGUGGGGAAUCAGGAAAAUAAAGCAGCCUCCUGGGAAGUCCAGAGUCUCUGAGGAGAGUGAAUACUGGCCAUUUUCCUUCUCCUUUAGGUUUCCAGAAAGAGUUAAUGUACCUCCUAGACACCAGCACAGGUCAGGUGGACGAUUAUAGGUUUUCUUUGUACUGGGGGUCCCUGGACAGGAGACCACUCCCAAGGCAAAUCAAUUUUUCUCCAAGGAAGCGGACUUAACUCACCCAAGCUCCCCUUGGGAAAUGCCAUAUUGAGUCUUUUCAACUUGUUUCCCCCCGAGUGUUGUCCCAAGGUGACUAGAAUGAUUGGAGCUCAGCAUUGCGGAGAGUAGAAUGAAAAUUAGUAGAUAUGGUCCUUCUUCUCAUUGGCAUUUUGGAGGCCGUGGAACGAAAAAGUCCCCAAACAUUAAAUGAGCUUGGCUAAAUCGCCACGGGAAACACGACGGGAAAAUUAUGAUUUUUUUGGAAGCAAAAACCAUAUUCUCUUUCUCUUCGGUACCUAGGACAGCUGGGCUGGGUUUAGAGCAAUUCCAGGGGUGGAGAGGAAGGAGGGGAAGGAGGAUCUAGCUAUGGAUGGGAUAGCUAAAGCUGCCUUUGAACAGUUUUAUGCCAACCAGUGGCCCCGUUCCUCUGGAAUUUGGAGGAGCUUGCUUUUAUAUAACCAUCCCCAGGUUUUUUGGGGAAAAAAAUUGCUUUACAUCAGCUUCAGACAUGCACGGCUUCUUCCUCCAUCUCUCUCCAAGCAAACACCUUCAUUGUAACUGGUAAGAGACAACUCCCCGUUUAAGCUGCAGAGUCCCUUGGUGUCUUUCUGGGAAUGAAGCUGGAGCUUUUCCUCUUCCUAAACAUCUCUUUCCAGUCUUUGAGAAUCAGUGCCCACCUCGCCUGACAUCUGGGGUUUCAAGAGAAGCAGCGUGGCUCAGUGGAAAGAGCCCGGGCUUUGGAGUCAGAGGUCAUGGGUUCAAAUCCUGGCUCCGCCCCUUGUCAGCUGUGUGACCUUGGGUAAGUCACUUCACUUCUCUGGGCCUCAGUUACCUCAUCUGUAAAAUGGGGAUUAAGACUGUGAGCCCCCAGUGGGACAACCUGAUCACCUUGUAACCUCCCCAGCGCUUAGAACAGUGCUUCACACAUGGUAAGCGCUUAAAAAAUGCCAUCAUUAUUAUUAUUCAAGGCCAUUAGUUCAACCUUUUGUGGCAGGAGAUCACAGUGGUGCCUUACAUUGGGCUGGAAUCUAGCAGAGUGAAUGUCUAUCCUGCUUGGGCUUCUGAGAGUCUGUGAUGCCUUUCAGUUUGAGGCUGGGCUGGCCAUCCAAUGGGUCCCUUUCAAGUGGAAAGGUUGUCUGGGAUGUUGAGCAGGUGGCAUUAUAAAAUCCUUGACCUCUGGCCAAAAUCCGAGGCCAUUUCUUAUCGACAGGCUCCAACCUCCGUGAGAGUCUGUAUUCUCUAAACGGCAAGCUCCUUGUGGGCAAGGAUCACGGCUACCGACUCUGUUGUCCUGUACUCUCCCAAAUGCUUAGUACUGUGCUCUGCACACAGUAAGUGCUCAAUAAGUACCACUGAUUGAUUGCCUGAUUCGAUGUUUUUGCAGAAUGCUAUAUAGCUACAAUCCUCCUUCACCCUAUAAAACUAAACCAACUGAACAAGGGCAGAACAAAACCUUAGGUAGAUCCCCAGGGAUUGGAUCAAAAUAUCUUUAACUAUAUCCAUAGUCCUCCCCAAGAAAGGUUACCCUAGAAUUAGCACACUGUCUAACCCCAGCUUUAACUUUUUAGCUUUAACUAGACUCUCCAUGGUCACUUUCGUUUCCAAAGCAAUAUUGUGUUUAUUUAAAAUACCUGAAAAAGUGUGAUGUGUUUUUUAUUUUCUCUGAAAUACAUAAAUGGUAUUGACUUUGUGUAAUGUCAUAAGGAUGUGGAGUGGGAAAAGGAAUUAAAUCGUGUCUGUAGCUGUGUUGCCUUUAUUAUAUUGCUAGUACUGUCUUGUCACCUCAGAUUGAGGCUGUGCACUUUAGAUUUAAACUGUACAGUGUUGCAAGUCAACAUGUGUUUCUGUAUGCGCUUGUACUUAUUAUUGCAAUGCUAUGUCAUUCUCUUUGUGGUAGCAGUGUUGAAUCUUGAUAUUGUCAGAGCUACAUUUCCAACUGUCCCUGUACUGUACUAUCUCCUUGCUUAGUUGCCUGCCCUCCAUAUCAGCUUUUAAAAAAGAGCAUGCUGUUCUCUGACCCUCUUCCUGAGGGGGUCUGCUGAGACAAGUUGGGGGUUUUAAUGAGAAUUUUAGGUGAGAUGGCUUUCUUUUUCCUUAGAAUUAAAGAAACCAAUUAGGAUUGUGUCUCCAACCUCCAGAUGUGGACACUAAGUCUGCAAGGCAGCGGAAAAAAGUGAUAUUUCUUUCGGUUGACUACCUGAAGUGCAAAGGAUCAUGGAUGUAAAAAUAGUACAGGGACAGUGGUAGGAAAGGGGAAUAAAUAACCCGGUGACAUCUUGCACGUGCACUUCUAUUUUGAAACGCUAAGUACGAACACUAUAUUUAUUAGUUCUAUGUGCCAAUCCACAGUACACAGUUGGUGUUUCAGGAAGACACUGCCAUUUUUCCACGUUACUUCAUUUACUGCAGCCAGAAAAGAUGUACUUGGCAACCUGUUCUUCUUACCAAAUAUAAACUUGUGUUUGAUCAAAGUAUUUUCUCUGUGUUGUCUCUCUAAACCCAAAUAAAAGGGUAAACUGUGGUUACA